UCAAUUCUGCAAGUGGUUCUGAUUUACUAUCGCUGUUCUCUAGCUGGUCUAAAACCGCUUUUGACCUAAAGGGAUGCUUUUUGGGACGCCAUGGACGUUUCUCAGUGUCCAGGCAGAAAGAACAGUAAAUAUGCAGGCAGGGCACAGGACAAAGCACUCGGGACAAAAUGUAUGUGAAAUGGUUUGAUACAUGAAUGUCACGUUUAAAAUUUUUUAAUUUCCUGAAGCUUCCAUCCCCCAUACGUCACGAAGCUCGCAGGGAACGGAACCCGGAAGUUGGAUGCCGGCAUCGGCCGGAGGAGAUGGCCAGGGACGCUGCAGGGGGGACA